UCAUCUAUAUAAGUAAAGACUCAACAAUGCACAGUAACUGGUGGACCCUUGCUGCCAAAAGAUCUCUAUCCUAUAGUUCGAAAUCAUGCAGAUAAUUCGUUUAUUGCUGUUUGUGUUUUUGUUGGUCUUGAUCGCCGACCUUCAAGCUGACGUAGGAGAUGAUGUUAAAGAGGUAUCAGAGGCUGUAAAAACCGGAAUUGAAGCAACCAAUGCUAUCACCGAAAUAGUGGCUGGUGUCAAGGUCCUAGCUAAAUUCACAAAAAUAAUGGGUUCAAUAGCUCCCUUUUUGGCGGCAAUUGGACCACUUAUGGAUAUCAUUACCCUGUUUCUUCCGAAACAAGAAGAUCCAACUUUAACAUUUUUAAAAGAACAAUUUUCAAGAGUAGAUUCGAAUUUCAGAAAUAUGGAGAGACUUUUCGGCGAAGUUACAAAUCUAAUUAAAUCUAAAGCCAUCAAGUCGCAGUUUUCAGGAAUUGAACAAAAUGUCAACGCUUUGUCAUAUAGACUACAUAUGUUAAUGAAAGCUCCAAAAGAUGCUGUAAAAGGACAAAAAUUGCGUUUUAUCACGGCAUUCAAGGUCAGUUAUCAAAGUGCAGCCAAAAAAAUAUACAAUGGCAUCAUGACCAAACAAUCUUUUACGGACAAUAUUCCAAAUGAAGCAAUGGCAUAUACAAAUAAUGAUCGCAAGAAAAUGCAAAAAGUAAUGGCUGGAUGUGUUGGACUUCUCGUGACAGCUGUGAAAGUUAAUUUAGCCUUCUUGCAGCUCACGAAUAGAAAAGCCAGCUACAGAAUGGAAAAAACCGAAUGGGAAAAAAACAUUAAGGCAGCUUUACAGAAAGUGAAAGAUGUGGAUAAGCAAGUCACUGAUGCAUGGGAAGAUCAAAAGAUGAAAGAUUUGGAAGGCCUCUCGGCACAGUACAAAGACGACAGCCACACACGAUUUGCAAAACGUCUGUACAAUUUUUACUCCAAAAAAUACUACUGGAGGGAUUGGGUAGUCAUUGUGUACAACAAAAUGGCCGAAUCUUGGACCGGGAAGAACGGACACGUGUUUAAACUCUGCGGCGGGGACGAAUAUUUGGAAAAAGACGGUAGAAAUGUCUUAACAUCAAGCGUACCAAAGAAGAAACAGAAAAUAAACAAAGACCAUUACAAAAAGAAAUUAAGUAAAGUUAAAACUGAGACAGUUGUUUGGAUUCAUUAUGCUUGGAAGGCAACGUCUGUUCUGAAUCAGAUUAAAAAGUUUAGCGGAUCUGAUGUCUGCAUGCAGGCUGUCAUCUCAGACCGGGAGAGUGUUCAAGUCAAAAGUGCACCAGGUCGCUUAGCUCAUAAGUGGAAAUACUUUUAUCAUAUGUACGUCUUUGGAUAAAAUGUACUAUGCAUCUCAGCAUUUUACCAAAUAAAAUAUGAAGCAACA